AAACUAUGCGACAAUUGCAAAGUCGGGCCAGGACAGCAACCGUGCUCUCCACAAAUAUGUCCUGGGGUACGCUGGAGUAGAAUGAGGUUGUUCUUUGACUAUUAUCGGAAAAUCACUGCCGACUAUGUUCCCGACAUGGUUGUUGGAGCCCCUCCAGCGCUACAAAGCCACACAGAUCUAAUGUCCAUCAUCCGCCUACUGAAAGACAACUCGGAUAAAAAGAGGUCUGAGCUGACAGCUAUCUGUUUCUCCAAUCGAAGCACUGAUCAAAUGCCCAUGCCUACGGACCAAAACAGGGCGUUGGAUCUCGCUCUGAGAGUCAUGACAAUGGUAACCUGUUCCCUUGAAGCGAGAUCGGCAGAUACGCUUGAGGCAGGUCUACAGCCCGCUCCAUGGGCGCAUGAUAUGACGUGGCCUCAGUUUAUGUCGAGCGUGUUUCCAACCACUGAAUAUUCUGGAUUGGAAGAGGGUGCUGCCACCUUCCACCAAAUAAACGAUAGAGUAACUGCGCGAAGACUCUCCAAGGUGGCUAGACUUUGCUUUGUUCCAACGAACGAGUUAUCGAAUCAUCUUAAGUUGAACCAAAAAGAUGGGACGGUGGAACUCUUUCAUCACACAUCAUUUCUGAAAGAGGUUCUUAUCGCCAGUCAGGUGGACGCGAAGAGCUAUAUUUCUCGAAGGAUCGCCAUGGAAGUCCUGAAUUCAAUUCAGAGAACUUUAUUCCCUUCGACAGCAGAUGCCACGAUCUUGCUUCGCUCACUAAUCUCGAAACACAACCUAGAUGCAGAUUGUCUCAGAUACGAGCCUUCGACGUACCAAGUCGCAGGGGAGACCUCCUCUGGAUAUCGCUACCUUGAACAAAGACUAGUCGAACUCUAUGAGGAGCUUGACAACCCAACACCCCGAGGGUAUUUGGAGAAGUGGCUGGAAAGGAAAAGCGGUGCUCGGUAUGUCAUGAUGGUGACACUGGCAGGUGUGGCUAUUGCAAUAAUACUGGGUGCACUAGCGUUGGCUGUGUCUAUAUUUCAGGCUUGGGUUGGCUGGCAGCAGUGGAAGCAUCCUGUUGCAGGUUGA